AUGCAGCCUGUGCUGGUUGCCAACAGUGAAGAUGCCCUGUCAUGGAUUUUAAUCGAUAGCAGGGGCCAUGGGUUGGCGAAGAGCCACCUUCCCAUACGUGGCAACGUCACUGCAAUUACCGAAGGAUUUGAGGUCAUUACUCUCCUGUUCUGGACCAUCUUUUUCUUCAGUUGUUUACUAUGUUUGAGCGUACCUCUUUUUUACGGGACGCUUUCCGGGGUAAUCCACCACUGUAACGUUGGCUUUCAGUUACUUUCUGCUCUCACAACGAGUAAUGAGCAACACUCAAAUCAAAAAGGAGGUGUAAAGAAGGACAGGUUUAAUAUCACUACAGCUGGUAAUGGCAAUAACAGAAAUGGCCAUGUGCACCAACGGAGUAGUCGCGCUGCAACCACUCCGCAUGAUCACAAUGUAAAACACCUUGCCGUUAUUAUGGACGGAAACCGAAGGUACGGGCAGAGGCAUUCUGUUGAAACCGUAUGUGUGAAAGAGUUAGAAGAUGUGUGUGAGUUUAUCUUCAAUGAAGAUAUGCCGUUGUUUGGUGUAGAACCAAUUUUCAAGCGACUGGCGUUUCUCCUCAAACGCACCAAGUUGGAUGGGCAUCGUGUGGGAGGUGAGAAAUUGCUAGAGUUCGUGAAAGAUUGCAUUGAUUUUAACAUCAGUAUGCUAACUGUGUAUGCCUUCUCUACGGAGAACUGGUCUAGACCUGCGCUAGAGGUCAAGGUGCUCAUGACGUUGUUUUACUGUUAUUUUGAGCGCAUGCGCCAAACGGCAAGAAAACAGGGGAUUUUCAUACGCUUCAUAUCACCUGCGUUUGAAAUGAUCCCUUCCCGUAUUCGACGUAUUAUGGUGGAUAUUGAAGAAGAAACACGACGGCAUGUGCCGAGGCGUAUUGUAGUUAACGUGUGUGUCAGCUACAGUGGGCGGGAUGAGAUCAUCAACGCCUGCAACGGCCUCUUGCAGAAGAGGAGCGAAUAUUCCCCGAUUUCAACCGGGGACUUGAUGAGUCAAAUGCUUCGUAGCGUAACGCAGGCUGAUCACGAGGAGGAAGAUGCUUCUGUUCUGUUCGAUGGCGGAGGUGCAGAGCCACAAAUUCUACUACGAACUAGUGGAGAGCAGAGACUCAGCAACUUCCUAUUGUUUGAAUGUGCCUACACAGAGUUCCUCUUCGUUGACAAAACCUGGCCCGAGAUAAAUAGAGAGGACCUUGUUAAACUCUUACAAGAUCAUGAUAAGCGUGACAAACGCUACGGCAAAUAA